AUGCAGGUCCCCAAAUCAGCAAACCUAAUAACUUCGUCCCCCGCGCCAGGAGUACUCCUCGUCCUCAUCAAUCGACCAAAAAAACUCAACUCUCUUUCCCAACAGGACAGCCGCGACCUCGACGCCGUUUUCCAGUGGUUCGACAACGAGCCCGCUCUCCGUGUCGCUAUCAUCAGCGGCGUGGGACGCGCUUUUUGUGCGGGGGCCGACCUUAACGAAUGGAUGAAAACCGCCCAAACCGGGCACAGACUCCAACUCCCCCCAACCGGCUUCGGAGGCAUCUCGCAGCGCCAGGGGAAGAAGCCCAUCAUCGCCGCCGUUAAUGGGAUAGCGUACGGCGGGGGCUGCGAGAUGGCCGUGAACUGCGACCUUGUUAUCGCAUGCGUCUCUGCAACAUUCGCCCUCCCGGAGGUGAAACGCGGUGUGACGGCACUGGCGGGCGUGUUGCCCCGGAUUGUGAGGACUGCUGGACGGCAGCGGGCGACGGAGUUUGCGCUGACCGGGAGGGCUGUGAGUGCGGAGGAAUUUGAGAAAUGGGGGAUCUGUAAUGAGGUUGUUGGGGAGGGGAGGGAUGUGGUUGGCGUGGCGGUGGAGUAUGCAAAGGCGAUUGCGGCCAACAGUCCCGACGCGGUGAUUGUUACAAGGGAAGGGCUGAAGCUGGGAUGGGAGGCGCUGGGGGUUGAUGAGGCGAGUCGGUUGUUUGAAGCUCGUUGGAGUGCGACGCUGUAUGAAGGGCCGAAUCUGGUCGAGGGACUGCGGGCGUUCGCUGAGAAGAGAGAGCCGCGAUGGCACAGCAAGCUCUAG